AAAAGAAAGAGUAGUGUUUUUGUUUUUGAAAAGCAAGAAAGAGUAGUGUUUGGUUGAGCCUGCCGUUGUAUAUAAAAAGUCUCUUUUUCUCUGGAGACUAGAGCUUUAAUUUGCUGAAGGUUCAUGGAGCUUUGUUUGAGCUUAGGAGAUCAUGAGGCUCUUGCAGAGCCAUCUGAUCAGACCACCACCACCAAAACGACAGGGUUUUGCAUGAACUUAUCAAUCGGUCCAAGCUGUGCAGCUGCUCCUUCUCCUCCUCCUCCUCCUAGAGAUGAAGAAGCAGAUAAAAAACAAGAUGAUGAUGAUGAUCAUCAUCAUAUCCAUGUAGAUGAUCAUACACCACUUCAACUUGAUCUUCUCCCUUGGCCUACUUCUUCUUGUAAUCAGAUUCAAAACGCUGGUGUGCUGUCCAUGAACGUGAUCAACAAAGCUCAGGAAGUGGUGGCUGCUGCGUCGUCAUCGCAUACAAACAGUGGUUCGUCGUCGUUUCAUAUCAUGGAUAUCGGCUUAUGCAGCAAUAAUAAUCACAGUAAGGGCAGUGCUGGUGAUGGUCUGAAUAACAAUUACCACAACGUCUACAACUACAAGAGGAGGGCUCACUCUGCAGAAGGACAAGGCGAUGAUGAGGGAGAAAGGGCAUAUAAUUCCAGGGUGGGCAGUGAUGAUGAUGAGGAUGACAUCAUCAAUGGUAACGCUAACACCUGUAGAAAGAAGCUCAGGCUCUCCAAGGAACAAUCUGCUUUUCUUGAAGAAAGCUUCAAAGAACACCAUACUCUCAACCCUAAGCAAAAGCUAGCACUGGCGAAACAGCUUAAUCUUCGUCCAAGACAAGUAGAAGUUUGGUUUCAGAAUAGAAGAGCAAGGACAAAGUUGAAGCAAACGGAGGUGGACUGUGAGUUCCUGAAGAGAUGUUGUGAGACACUGACGGAAGAGAACAGAAGGCUAAACAAAGAGCUACAGGAGUUGAGGGCUUUGAAGGCUACUCAUCACUCAAACCCGUUCUACAUGCAAUCACCAGCCACCACCCUCACCCUGUGUCCUUCUUGCGAGCGCACAGCUACCACCUCUAACGCCGCCAUCAACACCACCAACAAUACUUAUAACAAUAAUAAUAAUAAAGUUAUGUCAAUUAGUACUACAAAAGUUCAAGCAGCUAAGUUUCCUCUCAACAGACCCAGCUUCUAUCCGUUUUUUCAACCCAAAUCCCAUCCCUCUUCCGCAGCUUCGUGAAUUAAGACACUCCCAGAUAUUUAUUUAUUAUACAGCUUCCUUCCAAAUAGUUUACAUUUAUUAGGUGGGCGUGUACAUGUAUAAAUUUAUAUAGAAAGAAAGAAUAAGCAUUACGAUAGAAAACGGUUCACA